AUGGCAACUUCGGAGCAUUUUGAUCGCUUUCCUAUUUUUAAAGAGGACGAAUCGACACCAUCCACGAACGCGUCAUCGGUUGGGAACUGGGUGAAUGAGCUCGGUUUAUUUUUCCACUAUCUCCUCAAAGGCCUCCGGUCCAAUCCUGUUCACAAGAAUUACGGUGUUACUAAUAUGCAGAAGCCACUUCUCAAUUUAAAGACGGAGCCACCAUAUGAUAACCAUCCCAACAUUUCCUUCGCCGUGCUGACAACCAGAGCGAAAGCCAAGUCUUACCUAGAGGAGGUGGUGGCGGCGGUGGUGGUGAUGUUGGUGACGGAAGCGGAGGCGGAGGCGGAGGAGGAGGAGGAGGAGGAGGAAAAAGUGGAGGAUGACGAUGAGGAGGAGGAGGGGGAGGAAGAGGAUGAGGGGGAGGAGGAGGAGGAGGAGGAGGAGAAAAGUUCGUACACUUCCACUUCUGUCAGUGCGAAUUGUAGAACAUCAGCUGAGCCAACAGCAUAG